UCUCUCUCUCUCUCUCUCUACAGAAACACACACACAGUCAGUGGCGAUUACACACAACAGCACAACUCCCCAACUAAUUCCCAACCUCUCCAGUGAAUUUCUUCUUCACACCUUUUAAUUAGCUCUCUCUCUCUCUUCACACGCGACAAUGGCGAUUACUACACUAGCAAUGCUGCUGCUUCUCCUCUCCGCCGCCGCCGUCUCAGAUCUCAAUUCCGACCGCGCCGCCCUAUUGGCCCUCCGCUCCGCCGUGGGGGGCCGCACCCUCUUCUGGAACACCACCCUCACUACCCCAUGCAACUGGGCCGGCGUCCUCUGCGAAGACAACCGCGUCACCGUCCUCCGCCUCCCCGCCGCCUCCCUCUCCGGCAGCCUCCCCGGCGCCGCCCUCUCCAACCUCACCGCGCUCCACACCCUCAGCCUCCGCCUCAACCACCUCUCCGGCCCCCUCCCCUCCGACCUCUCCUCCCUCACCCAGCUCCGCAACCUCUACCUCCAGGGCAACCGCUUCUCCGCCACCCCGCCUGAUUCAAUUUUCUCCCUCCACGCCCUCGUCAGGCUCAAUCUCGCCUCCAACAACUUCUCCGGCCCAAUUGCGCCCGACUUCAACAAAUUGGCGCGUCUCCGCACCCUUUUCUUGGAGAAUAAUCACUUCACUGGCAAUCUCCCGGAGAUAAACCUCCCAAAUCUCGACCAAUUCAACGUAUCUUUCAACGAUUUAAACGGCUCCGUUCCGGAAGGCCUUGUGAAGAAAUCCAAGGAUUCAUUUCUAGGCACUUCUCUCUGCGGGAAGCCUCUUGACACUGUGUGCGCCGAAACUCCGGCAAUCGCCGCCGGAGGAGGAGGAGGAGUCGCGAGUAAGAAGAAGCUCUCCGGCGGCGCCAUUGCGGGGAUUGCAAUUGGAUCUGUUCUAGGGCUGCUUCUCUUGCUGUUGCUGCUGUUUAUCCUGUGUAGGAAGCGGAGCGGGAAGAAGUCGCGGGCAGUCGACGUGGCUGCGUUCAAGAAUCAGGAAAGCGACUCCUCCGCCGCGCAUAAGCCUGCCGAGGUUGAGAGCGGCGAGGUGGCGAACGGGAAUGCGAAGAGCAACGACAGCAAUGCGAAUGCGAAGAAGCUGGUGUUCUUCGGGAGCGGGGCGAGGGUGUUUGAUUUGGAGGAGCUGCUGAGGGCGUCGGCGGAGGUGCUGGGGAAGGGGACGUUCGGGACUGCGUACAAGGCGGUGCUGGAGGUGGGGACGGUGGUGGCCGUCAAGAGGCUCAAGGAUGUCACUCUUUCGGAGAAGGAGUUUAAAGACAAGAUUGAGAGUGUUGGAGCUAUGGAUCAUCAGAAUUUGGUGCCUCUUAGGGCUUACUACUAUAGCAGGGAGGAGAAGCUUCUUGUCUAUGACUACAUGUCUAUGGGAAGCCUCUCUGCUCUCUUACAUGGAAACAAGGGAGCCGGGCGGACGCCGUUGAACUGGGAGAUGAGGUCCGGCAUUGCCCUCGGAGCUGCACGAGGUAUCGAAUACCUCCACCGGCAAGGCCCUGACGUCUCCCACGGCAACAUAAAGUCCUCCAAUAUCCUGCUCACCAAGUCACAUGACGCUCGCCUCUCGGACUUCGGCCUGAACCAUCUAGUCGGGCCCCCAUCCUCCCCCACGCGCGUGGCUGGCUACCGUGCCCCGGAGGUGACUGACCCCCGCAGAGUCUCCCAAUGGGCCGAUGUCUACAGCUUCGGUGUCCUUCUGCUGGAGCUGCUCACGGGGAAGGCCCCCACGCACGCUCUCCUGAAUGAAGACGGGGUCGACCUGCCUCGGUGGGUGCAGUCCGUGGUCCGGGAGGAGUGGACCUCUGAGGUGUUCGACCUCGAGCUCCUCCAAUACGACAACGUGGAGGAGGAGAUGGUGCAACUCCUCCAGCUCGGGAUCGAUUGCACGGCCCAGUAUCCCGACAGACGCCCAUCGAUCUCUCAGGUCGCCGCCCGCAUCGAAGAGCUCCGAUCCUCAGGCUUGAGGGGAUUCAAGGAGCAGCAAGAUCAAGUGAGCGAAACAGAUUGAUUGGUUGAUUCUAGUUGAGAUUUGAAGGGGAAGAAAAGGAGAAAAAAAUAGCAUCAACAAUUUGAAUGGAUAUUGAUCUCUGCUUGAACUAGUUGUACUUCUUGUAUGUUAAAGUUGAGCUCUCAAUUCUUGUUUUGUCAGAAUCCACAGCUCAUAUAUUUUUUAGUACAAUUAUCUCUUUUUUGACUGUGGGGGGAUGGAACAUGGACAUGGUUGUUCUGUAAUUAUUACUUAGCUUUAACUUUUUCUUUUUGAGUGAGCUUUUCUUUUUAAUGUUGAUUGAGAAGAUAUGGAUUGUAAUUGUACCCUAGUGUACAAGGGCCUGCUCUUGGUGAAUUUUUAUUUCUAUAUCCAAGGUUAUGGUUGAUUCAAUUAA